UUUAAUAGAAGACAAGUCAAGGCAAACUCUCAAAAUCGAUGUAAGAACAUGAAAUUAUUGUUAUAAAAAUGCAAGAAGUCGCACUCUGCGCAAUUCCCAUGGAUCUUCACCCUCGUUAAACCCGCCGUUGGUUGCUCCAAGUACUCCUACGAACAUGUGCAUAUUCAUUCAUACGCAUACAGAGACAGAGACAGAGAGAGAGAGAGAGAGUGAAUCAAUAGCAGAGAGAGAGAAAGAGAGAGAGAGUGAAUCAAUAGCAGUUUGAAGGGCUGUUUUGGAUGAGAAGAAACAAGGAAGCUGUGAUAUAUCUGCCGCACAUAGGUCCAUCGGGUUAACCAUUUGAAUUUGCCCAUUGGCGGUGGAGAGAGAGAGAGGAUGGCGGGAUUAAUGAAAGCAAACAGCGGCAGAGGGAGGCAAUACGGGUUGAUGCUGAUUUUGGCAUUUGGGUUAGCAAUAUUGGGAGUGAUGGCCAUUCACAAGCUCAGGGAGAGGCGUAUUUUGAACCUCCUUGUCAAAGAGAAAGACAGUGAGCUCUUUUCUCUUCAACUCCUCUUGAAGAAAGAGAGAGAAGAAAAGAAGGAAGCAGAAAGGAAAACUGAAGAGAUGAGAGAAAAGCUUUUUUCCCUCGAAACAGAAAAUAGGGAGCUUGACAGCAAGAUCUUGGAGAUGCAGUCCACCAUUUCAUCCCUACAAGAUGAACAAAGAACCAUCGGGUCAACACUAGAGGAGAAGGAAAGUGAGAUCAAAACGCUGCGAGCGAAAGAGGUAGAAACAGACAAAGAAAAUGCCCGAGUGGUAGCUCUGACGGAAACGUUGAGGCAGAAGGAAAAACAGAUCCAAGAUUUGAAGAACCGUCUUGAAAAUCCUAAUCAAGUCUUGCCAGUGAGUACAGAUGACCCGUCAAAGCAGGCUGUGACUUUUAGUGAAACAGAUGCGUGGAGCGAAGAACAUGAAGCGAGCAGGGUGAAACAAGAAAGUGGGGAUGAGAGAACUAAAGGUGCUGGCGAAAGUCUAAAUGAAUCCGCCACAUAUCAAGAUCAGGGAGAUACUUCAAGAAGUGGAGAGGGAAGAGGAGAAGAAGGACGAGGAUUGUCGGAUAUGAAUGAGAUAACUGGUGGACAUUCGCAGAACAGCGCCGAUGACUUCCAAGGACAGAAAGUCUCCGACACCAAUGAGAUGACUAAAGAAUAUUCGCAGAACAACACCAAUGAGGUCCAAGGACAGAAAAUCUCUGAUCCAAAUGAGAUGACUGGUGAAUAUUCGGGGGACAGCACUGAUGAAGUCCAAGGAGAGAAAGUCAAGGAUUUACAAGACAGUGGCAUGCAAGAGGACAAGACAAAUGCUAACAAAACCGAGACAAUGGCCAACCAAGGUGACAAAUUAAGAACUCAAGACGAAAGUAUUGAUAAUGAAACAACAGAAGGUAAAGCAAAUGGAAUAGGUGACGUAGCGGAGGUGGAAAACGUUGGUUCACAAGGUGAUACAAGUCAGCAACUUGUGAUGAAUGCUACAGGUGAAACGAAGUUGGAAAUGGCGGACAACUCACAGGACGGUGCAGGAGAUGGAGUGGGUGCCAAACAUGGUAAUAGAUACAAGGAACUUAGAGAUGCUGAACUGCAGAAACUAGAUACACGCGGAAAUAAUCAGGAUGCGGAUUUGAAAGUAAAAGAUGAAUCAGGUCAGGAAAGUGAGAAUACAGAAGCAGAUGGCAAUCAUCGACAAGGUGAAAGUAUGGAGGUGAAAAAUGAAGAUGGAGUUAGAUUGGACGGGGGAGAAGGUAACAAUAGUGGAAACGAUGUUGAAAAAGCUGUUGUUUUUGCUGAUGAGAGCGGAAAAGGUGAAAAUAACGACGUUAAUCAACAGAUAGAGAAAGUGCAGGAAGGGGAACAUGAAAAUUUUGAGAAGCCUAACGGGACUGCAGCUGAUGCCGAUAAGCAGAAAUCAGAUGAAAUACAACAACAAUCAGGGGAAAAUGACAGUGCAGUCCAACAGAAAACAGAAACGCAGCAUGGGGAUAAAGCAGAUCAAAAUUCUGAAGAAGCCGAGGCAUUCGAGGUUGCAGAAAAAAUUCAAGAUGCAGAGACAGAUCAUUUCAGGGCAUCCAGGGACGAGGUGGAAGAAGACAACGAGAGUGAGGAAGAGACAGAUGAGCUUGAGUUUUAGCUACCUCAAGGAAAACCUUUAAACCGUCUUGCCUGAUGUAGAGUUGUCAGAGAACGUGGAUGUCUGUUGCUAGAGUUGUUUCAUACUUCCCUUAUCAUGUUCUCUCUAAGCUGCUGCAUCUUGAAUUUUCCCCAUAUACGUAUUGAGAUGUAAGGUGACUAUUAUUAUUUAUGCAAAAUCAUGUUCUGGAAA